AUGUCGAACCAGACCAUCUUGAGAAUAUCAAGAGAACUCUCUCAAAUCCAACGAGGCAGUGAUCUGUCCAUCGCCGUCGGUUGUCAGGAACAAGACGUCCGCCAUGUCAAAGCUCUGAUCAUCGGUCCUCACGGCACACCUUAUGAGUAUGGGUUUUUCGAGUUCUCGAUCGUCUUUGGCGCAGAAUACCCAAGCAAGCCGCCCAAAGUCGAAGCCAGAACCACAAAUGGAGGCAGGACACGGUUCAAUCCAAACAUAUACGCAGGUGGCAAGGUCUGCCUAUCCAUUCUGGGAACGUGGCACGGAGAGAGACCAGGUGAAGAGUGGUCGUCUGCACAGGGCCUCGAGUCGAUACUGUGGUCCAUACAGAGUCUGAUGUCAAACAGCCCAUACGAGAAUGAGCCAGGGUAUGAGAACGCAAAGGGCACCGAGGACAAGAAAAUGAACGACCUGUACUGUGCAAAGAUCCGACAUGAAACUCUUCGCAUCGCUGUGAUCCAGAAACUCGAGGAAGCCCUGGGUAUUCAGCCUGACGGUUCAGUGGCCCUUCACAAAGACUCCACGAAAUCCGGAUCUGGGGACGAGGACGAAGAGAAUGAAGAAGAAAAUGAGUCGCGCACUCUGAAGCUCAAAUUCGAGCCAUUCAAAGACCUAUUCAAGCGAAGGUUUCUGUGGUACUAUGAACACUACAUGACAACUGUGCUCGAAUAUAGCCCCAAGCAUAAAGACGGUUCGGAUUUUACCAAGAUGCCUUUCGAGGGAGGUGGCAAUACCAUGGAUGGGAAAUUCCGCUACGGCGAUCUUGGAAAGCGUCUGGUUCGCAUCAAAGAGGUGCUUCGUGAUGAAACCAACGCCUGGGCAGCCGAAGGCUCAGCCUUGAACGAGCGGGAAUCGUCAAAGGCGGCUUUCAUUCUACGGCAAUCCGAACAAUUGGGAGACUAUUUCAAGCAGAAAAAGUGCAACAAUGUCUCGGUUGAGCUGGAGGACAACAACCCCUUCGUGUGGCUGAUGACCUAUUACGGCCAACCAAUGACUCGCCUGGAUGGUGGAAUCUUCAAGAUCAGAGUGAGCAUUAGCCCUCGCUUCCCUGAUGAACAGCCCCGGGUCAAAGUCGAAUCACCAAUCUACCACCACCGAGUGUCAAAAGACGGUGUUUUGUGCUAUUUUCCCAGAAAGCCGGAUGAAUUGCGAAACCACAUCGAGAGUAUUGCCGAAGCAUUGGAAGAGGAGUCGCCUCCUUACGAUCCACGCACAAUUGUUCACCCGGAGGCUACGAAACUGCUCUGGGGUUCGGACAGUGACAAAAAGAGAUAUUAUCGGCAACUCAGGAGAUCAUUUCAGCGAACGACUGAAGAGCCUUCCUAG